AUGAGUGAGGCUUGGAUUACUUUGGCAACAAAUGAUAGCUAUGCGAAUGGCGCAUUGACCCUUCAUCAAUCACUCAUCGAAUCGAAGACGACGCGAAGAAUCCAUUGUCUCAUCACAAAUGACGUUUCUCCAAGUGUGCGCGAACAGUUGGAAGCGAAAUUCGACGUUGUCACACUCGUUGAUGUUUUCGACAGUCGCGAUUCCGUGAACCUUGAGCUCAUCGGUCGCCCCGACUUGGGUGUCACAUUCACCAAACUCCACUGCUGGCGCCUCACCCAGUACACCAAAGCAGUUUUUCUCGACGCUGACACAAUGGUGCUGCAGAACAGCGACGAGUUGUUCAGCCAUCCCGACUUCUCCGCGGUCGCUGACAUCGGAUGGCCGGACAUGUUCAAUUCCGGCGUCUUCGUCUUCUCGCCAUCUCUCGAAACUUACAAAGCUCUCGUGGCUCUUGCCGUCUCAAAAGGAUCAUUCGAUGGCGGUGAUCAGGGACUUCUCAACGAGUAUUAUUCCAAUUGGCGCGAUUUGCCAUCGGCUCACCGUCUCCCGUUCAUUUAUAACAUGACGGCCGGUGCGUUCUACUCGUACGCGGCGGCGUUCAAACGAUUCGGUCCCGCCACGAAAAUCGUGCACUUCAUCGGAGCCACGAAGCCGUGGUCAUCGGGAAGUGACACCAUCCAUCAGCAUCAGCACUACCGACAAUGGCAUCAAUUCAGUGAAAAAGCUCACGCUCCGUUUACGGCUCCGCAUGAACAAUUUGAUGAUAAGAAUGCUCGCCGUGAAGCAUGGGAGGCAGGAAAUCCGGACUACCUUGGAAAAGACGCAUUCGCUAACAUCAAGAAGGCACUCGACAAGAGCCUUGAAUAA